AUGUCCAGAAAAAUCGAAAACAUACCCCUGCAUACCCGCGACCCCGACGCAAUCGACAAGGCUAACCUAGCCGAGUUAUUGAAAGCCACCACCGAUCCUCCCGUCGCGCCGCCCUCCACCGCUGCGGAUCAAGGGAAGAUCGAGGGGCCGCCCAGCCCUGAUCCCGCGGCUGCCCGAGGAGCCGAGAUUACGUCUGACCGUGGUCGUGAAGAUGUGUUCAUUGAGUACGCCUACCAUGACGAGGACUAG